AUGUCUCUCUUCCGCACCAUUCCCACCGCCUCCGACUUCUCCCCCCUCUUCCGCCUCCUGGACGACUACGACAACCACCGCUCGACCAGAGGCCAAGGCCAGCACACCUCCGUGCGCUCCUUUGCACCACGCUUUGACGUCCGCGAGACCAAGGACGCCUACCUCCUCGACGGUGAACUCCCCGGCAUCGCACAGAAGGACAUCGACAUCGAGUUCACCGACCCUCAGACUCUCGUCGUGAAGGGCCGCUCGGAGCGCGAGUACCACUCUUCCAACGUCGGCGAGAACACUAGCUCCAGCUCCACCCCUGCCGCUGAGAAGCAGCCCCAGGUUGAGGAUGCACCCGAGGGCGAGGGCACCGUUGUCAGGACUAGUGGUGAGAAGCAGGUCGCCAAGCACACUGAGAAGCCGCGCUACUGGGUUAGCGAGCGCUCUGUUGGCGAGUUCCAGCGCACUUUCAGCUUCCCGUCUCGUGUUGAUCAGGAUGCGGUCAAGGCUAGUCUGAAGGAUGGAAUUCUUUCGGUUCUUGUCCCCAAGGCGGCGCCUCCCAGCUCGAAGAAGAUUGCGAUUCAGUGA